CCUCUCCUCUCCUCUCCCCACCAUCUCCUCGUCAGUCCCAGCCCAGGAUGGCAGGGAAGGAGCGCAGUCCCCGCCACCGGCCGUGGUCGGUGUACCGCGCCAACACCUUUGACCUCUCCUCCGAGAUGAUGGGCCUCACUCUGGCAGGCCACAGCCAGGACCCUGACGAGCCAGUGCUGGAGUUCAGUCUGGCCUGCAGUGAGCUGGUCACUCCUGCGCUGGACCGUAAACCCAACAGCUUCGUGGCUGUGAGCUGCACCACCCCUCCCCAGGCCUUCUGGACCAAGCACACGCAGACGGAGAUCAUCGAGGGAACAAGUAACCCAAUCUUCUUGAGCAGUAUUGCCUUCUUCCAGGAAUCGCUGAUCACUCAGCAGACGCAGGUCAAGCUCUCUGUGUACGAUGUCAAGGAUCGUUCUCAGGGCACUAUGUAUCUGCUGGGCUCAGCCAUGUUCCCUGUGAAGGAGCUGCUGCAGGAUAAGCACCAUAGACUACACCUCAUGGUCAGAUCUGCUGAGAGUGAGCGCAUGGGCAACAUCACCGUCAUCGCCUGGCAGAUGGAGGACAAGAGGGAGCAGAGGGCCCCCAUGUCCAGGCUCCCAGACACCAUCAACGGCAGAAUGGUGCUGCCAGUGGACGAGAGCUUGACUGAGGGCAUCAGAGCCAAAUCGGCCUCCCUGUGCAAAGACACCUUGUUAAAAGCAGUGUUUGGCGGCACCAUGUCGCGCAUGUAUCGCUUUCCCACCACGGAUGGCAACCACCUGAGGAUCCUGGAGCAGAUGGCUGAGAGCACGCUGUCUCUCCACAUCCCCCGACAGUUUGUUAAACUGCUGCUGGAGGAGGACGCCACCAGGGUGUGUGAGUUGGAGGAGCUAGGGGAGCUGUCCCCCUGCUGGGAGAACCUGAGAAGACAGAUCAUCACCCAGUACCAGACCAUCAUCCUCACAUACCAGGAAACCCUCACUGACCUCCAUGAGUACAAGGGUCCGUCCUUCAAAUCCAGCACACUGAAAGCUGAGAGGAAGCUGGAGUUCAUGCCGACGAAUCUCCACCUCCAGAGAAUGAGGGUGCAAGGAGAGAAGGGAUACGAUCACACAUACGACGUGGUGACCAUCGGAGCCCCAGCUGCUCACCACCAGGGCUUCAAAGGCAGUGGCCUGCGGAAACUUAUCCAGAAGUUUGAGGAGGCCAAGAAGCAAGCUUUUGAGGAGCACUGUAGCCAGGAGUCGAGUCCGUCCUCCAUGGUCUACGUGCCCCAGGAUGUGGUGCGCGCCCGGGAGCUCAUCCCUCAGAUCAACACGCUCAAGACCCAGGUCAGCUACUACGUGGAACGGCUGUCCCGAUCGGCCAAAGACCGCUCGGCCAACGCGCUGGAGAGGACCUUGGCCAUUCUCACAGAGAAGACGAGACAGCUGGUGAUGGUGUGCAACAACAAGCUGCUGGCCUUGGCCAUCCAUGCCCUGAACACCGCACGGCCUGAUUUCAUCGCCUCUCGCGGCUCGCCGUCCCACAGCCCUGACCCCGAGCGUGUGGUCGUACGGAACAACCAGGGCUCUCCCCACGCCAAGUGGAGCGGCCGCAGCAGCCGGGCCUCGCUGUAUGUGGACUGGCACGAGGAGGAGUGGGAGAAGGUGUGGCUGAAUGUGGAGAAGAGUCUGGAGUGUGUGGUCCAGCAGGUGCAGCGUAUUCUGCACAAGGACCGGAUGGCCAGCGACAGCAGCGUUGAAGACGUCUUUGAGUUGGACCAGCCCUCCACAGCCAGCAAGAAAGAUGGCAGCCCCAGUGUUGAGGGAUCCUCCCCAGGAGAGUGGAGCGAGGCUCUGUACCCAGUUUUGACCACGCUCAACGAGUGUGUGGCCAUGAUGAGUGACAAGGCCAAGAAGUCCAUGGUGUUCCUGCUCAUGCAGGACAGCGCCUCCACCAUCGGCAUGAGUCUGGCCCUACAGUACCGCAGAGAUGUGGUCUUCUGCCAAACAUUAACUGCCUUGAUCUGUGGGUUCACUGCCAAGCUGAGGAGUUCUCUCCAUGACAACGGCUUCCUGAAACAGCUGCAUACUAUUGGGCUGUUAGUCCAGUUUGAGGGUCUUCUCAGCACCUAUGGUGAAGAGCUGUCUAUGCUGGAAGACAUGAGUAUUGGUGUCAUGGACCUAAGAAACGUCACCUUCAAGGUUACCCAGGCAACCACUGUCUUCGCCCCCGACAUUCAGCCCGUCAUCACAGGAAACAGGGAUGGCUUCAACGUGCGUGUGCAGCUUCCAGCCGUGCUGUUUGAUGCGUUGCCACGGGAGAUUCAGAAUGGGAUGUUGCUGCGCGUUCAGCCAGUGAUGUUCAAUAUAGGCAUCAAUGAGCAGCAGACCCUGGCAGAGAAGUUUGGAGACACGUCCCUGCAGGAAGUUGUGAAUUUGGAGAGUCUGGUGCGGCUGAACUCCUACUAUGACCAGUUCAAAGAGGUCCUUCCUGAAGACUGUCUACCUCGGUCUCAGAGUCAGAACUGUGUGCCUGAGUUACUCAAAUUCCUGAGCCAGAAUAUUCACGCCAGGAAGAGCAAGAAUGUGGACAUCCUUUGGCAGGCUGCAGAGGUGUGUCGGCGUCUCAACGGCGUUCGCAUGACCAGCUGUAAGAGUGCGAAAGACCGCACAGCCAUGUCAGUGACACUGGAGCAGUGCACAAUUCUGCAGCAGGAGCACUGCAUGGCCCCGCAAGUCUUCACCCAGGCCCUCGACUGCAUGCGCAGUGAGGGGUGUCGACGAGAGAACACCAUGAAGAAUGUGGGCAGUCGGAAAUAUGCCUUCAACUCUCUUCAGCUGAAGGCCUUCCCAAAGCAGUACCGGCCCCCCGAGGGCACCUAUGGGAAGGUGGAGACCUGAGAGGAGAAGCGACUAGAACUCAAAGAUGCCACACCCCAGUGCACUUCCCCUCCAGCUCUCUUCAUUAUUUCGCCCAAGUAGAUUAGUGUGUUACAGAGCCAUGUUGAAGUUGGAUUUGCUCGACGGCAGUUGUGCUUUCCUCAGUUGAAUUGUUGCAGAGUCUUGAGGUAGUGUUGGUAGAACGGCACUGGGAUGUGGAGGGAGGCUCAGGCCAGGUCCUGAGGGGCCACCAUGUCUGCUGGCUUGCAGAUGUCACUCAGCUAAACACGAUCUGGCUAAACCUUAUUUUCAGCCACUGCAGGACCUCUCCUGAAGCCAAAUAUAGUUGGCCUUAUUUGUUAGACGAGAAGUGGUGUUUUUUUCCUAGGAUCACAAUAAACUAGUGAUGAACAGUGCCAAUGAUGCUUUAAGUAUUGUAACUCAAAGUAAUGUGUUUUUUUCCCAUCUCAGUUGAAGUCUACAGACAUAAUGGCCCUCAGGGACCUAACUUGGUCACUCCCAUAACUUAACAGAGGAGAGAUUUAAAAACUUCACUACAGAAAAUGAACGCCACAAAAUACCUUUUGUCUUGAUUGUAGAGCACAGACACAGUCAAAGUGAAAAAUGUCAAUCGUGGUGAUUAAAGCAAAAUUCCCAAUAUUAGUCAUAGUUACAAACGCUUUAUCAGGUAAUAAUGAAUCACUCACCAAAUACACCACUGUUUAAUACUCACUGAUGUCAAAGUAUGCAUAAACUGUAGCUGCCUUAAAACUGUCUUACAAAUCAAACAUCUCUGCACGAGCUUCUAUGCCCUGCUUCGAAACAACAGAUAGAAUAGUGUGAUCUAUGUAAAUAAGCAGGAGGACUAUUGUAACAAUGCCAUUUUGUUCAGUGCAGGCACAGGUGUGAAAUCUUUAGAUAGCCUUUGGUUGAUGUGGCACAGAUCAAUAGGCCACCUGUUACAAAUACAAUCUAGGAAGUUUUUAGAAGACAGUAGUCACAAAGUUAUGUUUGAUUGUGGUGUUAUUAUUAUUGAAAAUCCGAAUAUGGAUGAAUGACUUGGCACCUAGUGAAGGGAGUGUAGAGGACUCCAUGCUGGUAGAAAGAGUUUCAUGAACUACAGAAUGCUGUUGCUCUGCCAAGCACCCUGAGUCAGAUUACCUCCGGAGUCUGCUCCUACACCUGGAUUGUCCAGAAUGUCCAGAAAGCCACAGAAGACCAGGUCCAGGAUACUUCAUAUUUUAAGCCCUGAAAAAUACAUAUAUACAGCAUGGGUUUGAUUCUACUUUAAGCGUACACAUUUUCUCAAGUUAAUUUCUCACUUUGCCCUGCAGCAGAAGAGUGUUGCACUGCAGAGCACAGCACCCAAAGUCUUAAUUCUCCAACAGCCCUGAGUGCACGGCUAUAACACAAACAACAUUUCAACUCUUGGCCUGAAAGAGGUUAUCUAUUGUGAGCAAAGGUCACUAUAGAAUUUGUAAUAAGAUUAAAUAUACUUCUUUAUUGAGAAAGGCCUUACAUGUUUAAACACUGACGUAAAACACCAAAAAGUACAGAGAGUAAAUAUUUUAAAAUAACAGCAAGAAGAAAGAUAUCCAACUGGCAAUGGGAAUGAGUCUUUCUUAAUGCAUGCAGGCUAAUGGGUAGGCUUCUUCAAAACAGUCACUGGUACACUGCAUUAAAGGGUUAAUAAGAAUUACUAGAAAUACAACCUGUUUUAGAUUUGAUUUCCAUGUGCACGCUUUAUUAUGUUUACAUGGAUUUUAUAUACGUAACCUCUGUUGGCUGAAAUGUUAUUUUCUGCAGAUAUCGAUACAAUGAAAGAAUUAUGACAAAAAAAUAUUAUUUUUUUCUUUUUGACUGUUUUUUAUUGUAUGUUAUUUUGUCAUAACUUUGCUUAUGUCGUCUUGCAAAACUGGUGGUAUAAGCACUAUGCUCUAACAUGCUGUAAAGUGUGCUCUCUCACAUUCAUUCCUUAGUACUACUUGCAGCUAUUAAAAGAAGUUAACAUAA